GGGAGAGCGGAUAUAGUGAAUGCGGGGUCCGGGGAGAGCGGAUAUAGUGAAUGCAGGGUUCGGGGAGAGCAGGUAUAGGGAAAGCGGGGUUUGGGAGAGCGGAUAUAGUGAAUGCGGGGUUCGGGGAGAGCAGGUAUAGGGAAAGCGGGGUUCGGGGAGAGCGGAUAUAGUGAAUGCGGGGUCCGGGGAGAGCGGAUAUAGUGAAUGCGGGGGUCCGGGGAGAGCGGAUAUAGUGAAUGCGGGGUCCGGGGAGAGCGGAUAUAGUGAAUGCAGGGUCCGGGGAGAGCAGAUAUAGUGAAUGCGGGGUUCGGGGAGAGCGGAGAGUGGAUAUAGUGAAUGCGGGGUCCGGGAGAGCAAAUAUAGUGAGUGCGGGGUCCGGGGGGAGCGGAUCUAGUGAAUGCGGGGUCCGGGGGGAGCGGAUCUAGUGAGUGCGGGGUCCGGGGGGCG